AUGGGCCAUGGGAAGCACAAGACAGGAUCGGCCAGAAGUAGGAUCACUCAGCUGCAUAUUCUGCAGAAACUGGAAUUGAUAGAUGAGAGAGAAUCAACGACUCGAUCAGCAAGCCUCCAGCGCCAGAUUCAGGAAAAUGCUCAUCAUGGCGCGGGUAAAUUCUAUCCAGGACCAACAGACGGAGGAUUAAGACAAGGCAACCAAGUGGUUAAAAAAUGCGAACAAGACGGUAAUAGGGCAAUUCUUCGCACAACAGUGGUUCCAGACGCAUUCGCAACAAGUCGCCGCCAGGGCAAUCCAACCGUUGUGCCAAAUUUCGACGCACGGAUGCCAUCCAUGGAUUUAAUCUCCAACGCCUCUAUCGGUCAAUAUAACCGUUGA